AUGGGUGAGUUUAUUUGGGAAAAGUUUAAAAAGUACCUAAUAAAAAGCAAAGAUGCUGAGAUACAAAAUUUUGAGAAAGUAGUUAAGUGUCACUUAAUGAUGUUUAUAUCUAUAAUUUUACAGAUAAUAAGUUUAAUACUUCUGCGAACAACUAAAAUAGAACCAUGGAUUUUAUUAGCUGGUCGUUCAUUUGGUAGUUUGACAUUCCUAUCAAUUCUAUCCCUUUUUUUUAAAAUUAGGGAUCCGCUACCAUUUGAUUUCUCACUCAAAGUUUGCACAUAUUCAAAUAGCUUGAAAACAAUAUUAGUGGGAUUAAUGUAUAGUCUACUUACAACUUUAGAUGGAUCUCAACAUAUCUCUGGAAUGUUAGUGGCUAUUGUAUUUGUUCUUAUUGGAUAUAGUUUGGACAUAAAGUACAAAUUUGAUCAUCUUGGUAAAAAAAGAAUAUCGAAACUUUAUAUAUUUUCUUUAGUAUCUAUAAUAUUAUCUAUAUUUUUUUCAUAUCCAGAAAUAUUAAAAUUAGACUUUAUCAGAAAAUAUCCAAUUUAUUCACCUUUAUUUCUACUACUUAUAUUUGGAAUCUCACUUCUUAAAUUCUUCUCAUAUUCUAGCUUAAAUCAAAUAGAUCUCAGAAAUAUAACAAUAUCAGAAGUAUUGGCAACAAACAUCUCUGAUAUUUCAAAAUUAUCUAUUCCUAUAGGUAUUUGUAUGCAUCUAUUAAGAAUGAAGUUAUUACUACCAAGUAGACAAUUCUAUCCUUUUGUGAUAGAUUUAUUGCGAUUUUCCAGAUCAUCAGCUCUAAUAAUAUUUAUAGCAUCUUUCUUAUCAUUUGGCUUAACGUUUACAUUACAAUUAAAAAGUGUUAGAGCUGUAUCUAUAUGUUCAUAUACUCUAUAUUCAUCAUGCAUAUAUAUCAUACUUUCUAAAAGUUUUAUUGGAAUUUUUCUAAUGAUUUUUUCACUUAUAACUCAAAUUUACAAUGAUAUGAGCUAUAUUAAAAGUAAUAAUUACGAAAAUGAAGGGGUACCACUGGAUAUUUGUAAAAGUUGA